AUGGCUCGGCACGCUCGGGGGAGUAACGGCGACACGCGCAGCGUCAGACUCAACUUCAGGGCAUUGCGACCUCUGGAAGCGUGGACAAUGGCGGAUCUCCCGUUCAGCGGCUGCCCGAGAGCGUUUGUCAGCGACAGAUUGAUCUGGGCAAAGCAGUGCAUCGUCAGCUGUGUGCUGCACGAGUGCUUAAUGCUCUUUAGGAAGGACGACUUGUGA